UACACAUAACAUUUAUCUUGCUGUGCAGGAGGCGGAACUCGGGGAGCCUCUCACCGAGGUGGGAGGGUGGCAGAAGAUGAAGCUGAAGCAGCCCGAUCUGAGCCAGCCUCAGCCCUCGCUGCCCGAGUACUUCGGCUUUGCCGAAGAGGAGUUGGAGAAGUACUGCUCGGUGUUCAAGGGUCUUCAUCCGGAGGUGGAUGAUCCUAUUGAGCAGGAGACCGACUUGACGGCGAUUAUGGUGGCGGGGAGCGGCGCGGAGCAUGGCCGCACGAAGCUUCUUAGUGGGGUGAUCAAGCCGCAGAGGACCCUCACGCAGAUCAGGUCUACCCUCACCACCGGCGACCCACCGGUCGCGCCUCCUCGACACCGUCGUACGGAUGCUCACUUUGAGGCCGCCUACGCGGCCGCUUAUGAGAACUAUUUGACGGUUGUAGCAGAGUGGGACCUCAAGAGAGCGGCUUGGGAAGAGUACCAGGAGGCGACGAGUCGUGUAAGUUCCAAUCUUUUAUGGUUCGAAGACAUGACAAGUCCCACCUCCCCUUUUUUUAUAUCUGCGGCGCUUGACAUCUAAACUAUCUUGCAGGCGGUCAGGACGUUCUUUCAGACUGGAGAGAGGAUCGCACUUCCGGAAGAGGAGCCACCUAGGCCGGGGCCGACUCCAGUGUGCCCAUCGAGGGAAGCUUUCGCGGCCACAUACUACGCACGGACUCCGGGCACGGGAAGUUCGCGGAACCGACCCUCUCCUGGUUCGUCGCGCGAGGGCACACCGAUGCACCCCGGCCGCCAUUCUCCCGGUGCUUCAGGGUUUUCACCUGCUGGCGAUGGUUCAGGCCAUGGUUCUACUUCGGUCUACCUCGACAAAGGCCGGACGCCUGAAUUUACGAGUCGGACCCCCUGAUCUUAGUUUCCCUUAGCUAGGUGUCUAGCGGGUGUGCGUCGAUCGUGUGUGCCAUGUGUCGACGAUGUAUGAUGAUUGUGUGUGCUACAUGACACAUAUUUGU